AUGAUUAGACAACUCUUCACAGCAGCCGCCCCGUCGGCGCGCAUCGCAUGUCCGACCCUCAAGACCCAGAUCAGACAACCAUGGCAGCUCACUAAACCUGUAACAUCCUGCCUCUCCACACGGCUCUUCUCCAGCACAUCCACCCACCAAUCUUCCCCCUUCCGCCUCUCCUCCGAUAACCACACCCCCUCUCCCUCCGAAGGAGAUCGCUACAGCAAAUACAAGCCCAAGCGACAAUGGCCCCCAGACAUGUCGAAGCUCUCACAGAAACAUCAGUUCCGACUUGAGCGGAAGUACCGCCGGCGCGCGGCGCUGAAGUAUGCUCGGCCUCAAUUUGUAAAGGGCGUGCAGUUGGCGCAGUGGGCUAUCAUUGGAUUUGUUGUGAUUUACGCGGUGCUGUUUAUGAAUUGGGACACUAAGGAUACGCCGUUCGAUGGGAUUCGCGAGAAUGUCUUUGCUAGUAUCCGUGGCGUGUUCUCUGCGCCGCCGCCUCGCGGUCCGAACCGAGCUGAUGAGAAGAACGAGUCAUCUUAA